AUGCCGAAAGUGUGCUUGCAUUUGGUCAUGUUGGGAAGAACAGGAGCUGGGAAAAGUUCAACAGGAAACACAAUACUGGGACGACAAGCUUUUAGUUUAAUGAAAAGCUACAAAUCUGUCACUCGAGAAAUUGCUGCAGAAGUCGGUGAUGUUUGUGGAUUUGCAGUCAUUGUUUAUGACACACCAGGAUUUUCUGGUACAGAGAGUGAGGAAGAACUUGGACAAUAUAAAGAGGUCCUCCAGAACUGUAUAUCAGGCCUGUGUGUGUUUCUGCUGGUUCUCCAAGGAGACAGAUUCACUCAAGAAGACCAGAAAAUCGUGGAAAAGAUUGAGGAGCUGCUGGAAGAAAAACGCAUUGAAAACAGCUGGUUACUCUUCACCAGAGUAGAUCAGCUGGAUGAAGGAAACAAGACCAUAAAUAAAGUCAUUAAUGAGACAGAAUUCUUGAAGACUCUUACUCAGAAAUAUGAGGGCAGAUUCCACGUGUUCAACAACAAGACAAAAGUUCCAAGUGACCAAGUGAAAUCUCUGAUAACUAAAGUUUUCCAGAGGACCUUACAGAGAUUUUCCAAAAAUCCUUGGCAAAGUAUUCCCAUCAAUAUCCAAGACAUCUCUGCUGACAGUCGCUCAUUCAGAAGGAUUGUGCUGCUGGGUAGAAGAGGUGUCGGCAAGAGUGCAGCUGGAAACACAAUACUGGGGCAGAACGUGUUCAAAUCUACAGGUGGCUCAAAUGCAGUAACCCGUGAAUGUACAGAGAAACGCGCCACAGUUUCAGGCAGGAAAGUGUCUGUGGUUGAUACUCCUCCAUUCUUUGAGACCGAGAUGAAUCCAGAGCAGUUAAUGACAGAGAUGGCCAGGAGUGUGUAUUUAUCCAGUCCUGGACCACACGCUUUUCUCAUUGUGUUUAAUGUGAAUAUGAAAAUCACUGAACAGGAGCAGAAGAUUCCUCAGAUGAUUGAAACGAUGUUUGGAGAGGGAGUGUUAAAAUACUCCAUCAUUCUCUUCACUCAUGGAGAUCUGCUAAGAGGAGAAUCCAUGGAGCAAGCCAUUGAGAAAAACAAUGCAUUAAGACGUCUAGUUGAUCAGUGUGACGGCAGAUAUCACGUCUUCAACAAUAAAGAUCAGAAUAACAGAAAACAGGCCUAUGAUCUUGAACAGAAGUCUAACACAAUGAUAGAGCAGAAUGGAGGAGGACACUACAGGAAUCAGAUGUACGAAGAUGCUCACAGAUUUAAACAAGAGGAAAGAGAACGAACACUGAGAGAUGAGGAGUUGAGACAGAGAGAGGAAGAGAGGAGAAAACCACAAGAAGAGGAGAGAAAACAACAGGAGGAGAAUGAAGAAGAGCGGGACUUGAGAGAGUAA